AUGGCUGCAAGACACACCCCGGUGCCAUCGGUCGGAUCUUCAGGUUCAACCUUCUCGUCCACCGUAUCGAGAGAGAAGAAUCUUUCAGAUGUUUAUGUCGACUUUCACAAAGAAUACCAGCAAUUGUUAAUCCGAAAUAAACAACUAAGCGAUAAUAAUCGCAAUUCCGAAAGCAAUAAAACGUAUGUUCCCAUUGCUGUGGAGAAGUGCCACAUCGCGCUGAUAUCAAAUAGCAAUCAUGAUAGAGUUCCUGGAGCCACGCCCGUACCAUCCUCCUCGGCCCGUGAUAAAUUGCAAGAAGUAGUGGCAUCAUUGCUUCCCGCUAUCGGUGAGCCAUUUUUUCAACAAUUUUCAGUCCUCAGAAAUGAAAUAGAAGGGAAAAUAAGACUAUGGGAUGCUUUGGUCGCGGAAAAUAUAAAGCUUUCCAGUGCGGCAAGAAUCAAGCAGGCUAUGGAGGAUGCAAAAUCUGCUUCUGAUAAGUCUUUCGCAGAAAAGAAAAUUGCAAAUGACAAGCACGACGAUGAGUUGGACCUGGAAAACCCGUCCGACAAGCGUACCUUGAACAUUUGGAUAGAACUUGAAGAUUUUAAGAUUCCAGAAACCCGGAGCUCAGACAAGGAUUCCAUUUAG